UCUCAUUGGCUGUUAGAUUGACUGACUCGUAUUUUGCGCAGGCGCAGUGUAGCGGGACGCUUCCGGGAUGGCUGGCUGACUUGUUCUGUCGACCUGAAGAGCUCCUCGAAGUCCCAAACCAUGAAUAUUGUCGGCCAGUUAGCAGAGACGGUGUUUGUGACGGUGAAGGAGCUCUACCGAGGCCUUAACCCCGCCACUCUCACCGGAGGGAUCGACGUCGUUGUGGUCCGGCAGCCUGAUGGAUCGUUCCAGUGUUCCCCCUUUCACGUCCGCUUUGGCAAACUCGGUGUGCUGCGCUCCAAGGAGAAAAUUGUGGACAUUGAGGUUAAUGGAGAAUCGGUUGACCUGCACAUGAAGCUGGGGGACAAUGGAGAAGCUUUUUUCGUGGAAGAAAAUGGAAAUAUGGAGGCCCAGGUCCCGGCCCAUCUGUGCACCUCCCCAAUUCCUCUUGAGCUCCCCGAGGAGACAGAGGAGACCCCUGAGGGAUCCUCUGCCACUGGGUCUGGUGCUCGCAGGAAGAAACGCCGUCGCAAGCGAAUGCGCUCCGACACUCACCUGAGAGAGGACAACUCUUCAUCAGAUGAGAGAGAGCGAGAGAAGGAGUGGGAGAGAGAAGGUGAUCAUGCUGGACCAGAGAGUCCUGCUCAAGAGGAUCUUCUCUCACCAUUACAAGUCAGUAAAUCAGUGUACUACUCGCUGUCUGAGGAGCCAAGUGAGGAGAUGGGGACCAUGCAGACCAGAGACACUCAUCCUCACUCAGAUGGAGAGCAGUCACCCAUGGACAACAGUGUGUUUUGCAGUCGUCCGUCCUCUCCUAAGAGCGACUCAGAGCUCCUGCUUAACCCUGAAGACUCCUCUGGCCCUCAGAUGCAGUGGAACUGGGGAGGUUUUCCCAUGCUGUGUAAAUCAGAGUGGACGCCAGUGGAGUUACAGCGCAUCUCCCCUUCUGCGAGUUCUCAUUUCCGGACCAUCGAGAGGCAGGACUCCUUUGACCUGGACCUGGAGCCUGUGAUCAGCUGUGGCAGAGUGGGCAGUGUGACGGUGGUCAGACCACAACCCAGGACUCAAUCCUUAGACCUAAGUAGCCAAACCUUGCAAACCGCGCCUUUACCCAACGAGACAAUCUCUGACAGUGACCAUUCUGCCCUCAAAUCAGUGAAGACUGACGUGGACUCGAGACAAACACUUGACGAAGGGAGCAGAGACUCAUCGUUUUACUCUGCUGCUCAAAUUGAUAGCACUGACGCCCUCGAUAGUAGAGAAGGCACAGUCGGUGUCGAGCAUGUCCACAAUGUGACUGAUACAGGCAGUACAAUCAGUGUGACCGAACCCGACACAAGACAGAAAGAAGUGAAAAACAGUGAAGAUGGCACAGGCACAACAAGAAGUCCAAGUGGUACAGAAUCCUCAAAUCUACAACAGCAGGGUGCUUCAUCUCAGCAGAGUGAGCGCAGAUCGACCAGCAGCGCCCCGGUCAGUGAGGGGGACAGUGGGAUAGACCCCUGUGCUGAGGGAGGGGAAGAGGAGAGCGGGCCUGGAGUAAUGGAGGGGUCGAACGGAGGCGCACUGUCCAACAACACCGCACCAAAAGACGAAGACGUCGGGGAAGACUUGACGGCGGCAGAGGGGUCAGCAUCUUCCAAAGUGGAGCAACAGGGCAAGAAGAAAGGUAAACGCAAUCACCAUCUAGGACCAACAGAUAUUUACCUGGCUGAUCUGACCUCGCUGGACCCAGACGUGGCUGCACUCUACUUUCCAAAGAGCGAGAUGGAGGGAGCGUCUCAGCACGGGGCAGAGCAGGGCUCAUGCUCAGGAAGUCAGUCACCUCAUUCAGUGGGCAGCGGCACCAUAGACAGCGGCACAGAGUACCUGUCAGACUCCACCUCCUACAACAUGGACGUCAGCAUGUCUCUCUGCGGACGAGAGGGCGACACCAGCCAGAUCACCAAAGAAAAGUUUAUGGAGCACAUUGUGACAUACCAGGACUUUACCAGCAAUCCAGGGAUCAUUGAGGAUCCAAGUCUUGUCAUCUGCAUCAACUCCAACUAUUAUAACUGGGCAGUAGCUGCUCCAAUGGUCUUGUCUAUGACAACGUUCCAGAAAAACCUACCAAAGAUUUCAGUAGAGCGGCUGGUGAAGGACAAGAUGCCCAAAAAGUCUGGACGCUGGUGGUUUUCCUGGAGGAGAAGAGACAUGGACAAUAACCAACAAAAACACUCUAAGGAGGAGCAAGAGGAGCCACGGGUCACUGUUUCCUCCACAGUGAAAGGCACACUGGACAACAUCGACAGUGAUGAGGCGGCAGGGCUUGGACGAAAAGCCACCCUCCCUUCCAGCCAGUCAACAGACACCCUGAGCGCCACGCAGUGUAUCAGCCAGAUGUACCGCAAGUCACUACGCCUGACGUCUACGCAGAUAGAGCACUUGAACCUGCGUGAGGGAGCCAACAAGGUGGUGUUCAGCGUGACCACUCAAUACCAGGGCACCUGUCGGUGUGAGGCUGCCAUCUACCUGUGGAACUGGAACGACCGCGUCAUCAUAUCAGACAUAGACGGCACCAUCACAAAGUCUGAUGCUCUGGGGCAUAUUCUACCACAGUUUGGAAAAGACUGGACACACAAAGGCAUUGCCAAACUCUACCACAAAAUACACCAAAAUGGCUAUAAGUUCCUUUAUUGUUCAGCACGGGCUAUCGGCAUGGCUGCCAUCACUAAGGACUACUUGCAGUGGGUCAAUGACAGAGGCACUGUGCUUCCUCAAGGCCCAGUGCUGCUGGCUCCCAGCAGCCUCUUUUCAGCACUACACAGAGAAGUGAUCGAGAAGAAGCCGGAGGUGUUUAAAGUUGCUUGUCUCAGUGACAUCAGAGACCUGUUCAACCCACAGAAACAGACCUUCUAUGCAGCUUUCGGCAACAGGACUAAUGAUGCUUAUGCCUAUAAGCAGGUUGGAGUACCUGACACCCGGAUAUUUACUGUCAACCCAAAAGGAGAGCUCAUCCAGGAGAAGACUAAAGGCAACAAGUCCUCGUACAGCCACCUCAGUGAAUUGGUGGAACAUUUCUUCCCUGUGCUCUGCGCUGAAGGCAACUCGUCCUCUGGUUUUGACUAUCCUGACUACAGCAGUUUCUCCUAUUGGAAGGAGCCUCUGCCAGAACUGGACCUGGAUGCACUUCUGUAGACACUCACCUACAUCAAAACACACACACACACACACACACACACACACACACACACACACACACACACACACACACACACACACACACACACACACACACACACACACACACACACACACACACACACACACACACACACACACACACACACACACACACACACACACACACACACACACACACACACACACACACACACACACACACACAGAGUAAGGCAGGCAGAUAAGCACACACACUCUUUCUCUGUUCCUCACUAAAGCAUUUCAAUGGAUUGUUCCCAGCCUGCCUGAAUAUUGCCUUUGGUCGACCUGCCAUCUGUGGAGCCCGUGUUAUGAGCCACUGGAGGAACUGGAACAUAAAGAGGCACCUGUUCCUUUUCACACUGCAGUCACAUGCAGAGCCAAAUGAAGUCAUAAUAUUCAUAGAUUCUGCAUUUGAACCAUCAUGCUUUAAUCUUUAGAUCAAUAGCUUUUUACACAAUGAACAUGACCCAAAUGGACAAAUAUGCCUUCAGACCAUUUCAGUUUGGUGUUAUUGUGUUGUUCCACAAUUUUUGUCAUUCCGUAAUAUAAAUCUAAGCAGUGUAUUGGUAUCAUAACUCCAAUACUGUCACAUUACCUCUCUUACCAUGGACCAGAAAUAUAUUUGUACAGAUAUAGACAAAUUGAGCUGUAUUAGAAAUGUUUUAUUAAUGCCUAAAUUGCUAAGCCAAAACGUUGUAACUCCCAUUGCCUGCUUUCUGUGACUGACCUGGAAAUGAUCAGUGCACAGCUUAUACCUAAUCACCAUGAUGUGACCAACCAACCAAUCAGACCCGGGCGUAUGCGCCUGCAACACAGACCUAUUGUCCUUUGUUCAGUGGAGAUAGUUUUUUAGGUUGUGUGUCUGUGUAUUCAUGACAACAGAGAAUGACUUUGUCUUUGAAUGUCGUGCGGAGGAGUUUUUAUAGCCGCAUGUACCAAGCAACCAAAUAUGGUGUGAAUUUAUUCAAAAUACUUUGGAUUGUUUCAAGGUCAGAUUGGUCCCUAAUGAGUAUGAGAUACAGUAGCUGCCCACUGUUGGGUCUUUGUCGAGCACAAGAAUGUUUUUAAAAUGGCGUUACCCUCAGGAGUGAAAACCCUCAAGAAUGAUGACGGCUGAAUCUAAGCUGAACGUGGACUGAGAGCUGUUUGUCAAGUAGAAUCAUUUAGUGGAUCUGAGCUCAGGCCGAUCAUUGUUAAAUUACACAAAGCACAUUUCAAGUCUUCCUCUGAGGUACGGCCACCACCGACUUUAGACAUGUCUGCACACCACGUGGGGGGAGGGACAGUGACUUUUACUCCAGAUGAGUGAUUUUGCCUGGCGCUGUGCCUUCAGUCCACCGUGACACUCUUCUAUUUAUCAUGUCCGCCUAUCUUGCAUCAUCCGACUGUGUGGAGAUGUGUUUGGAGCCGAGGACUUUGCGCGUCUUUUAAAAACCUAUGUACAGAGGUAAAUAAAUAAAUGAAUGUUGUCUACUA